AUGACCGCGCUGUCCAAAGUCUACGGAGACGUGUUCAGUCUGUUUGCGGGUCCCACUCUCAUGGUCGUGCUGAACGGGUACAAAGUGGUCAGAGACGCGCUGUCAAACCAUCCAGAAGUGUUCUCGGACAGACCAGACAUCCCGGCGAUCGCCAUCAUGACCAAACGCAAAGGCAUUGUUUUCGCCCCUUACGGACCUGUGUGGAGAAAGCAGCGUAAAUUUUGCCACACUACGCUGAGAAACUUUGGCCUUGGGAAGUUGAGUUUGGAGCCGUGCAUCUUGCAAGGCCUGGACACUAUCAAGUCCCAGUUGCUGCAAGAGCGUGGAGCUGGUGGUGUAGACCUGGCUCCUCUUAUAAGCACAGCCGUAUCUAACGUCAUUUGCUCCAUGGCUUUAGGUCAACGCUUCCACCACGACGACCAGGAGUUCCGCACAUUACUCAACCUGAUGUCCCGCGGGCUGGAGAUUUGUGUCAACAGCCCAGCGGUGCUCAUCAACGUCUUCCCCCUGCUCUACUAUUUGCCGUUUGGUGUUUUCCGGGAGUUACGGCAAGUGGAGAGAGACAUCACAGUGUUCCUGAAGAGGAUUAUCCAAACGCACAGGAAAUCGCUGGAUCCAGGCAACCCCCGCGAUCUGGUUGACAUGUACCUGCUGGAGAUGUUGGCCCAGCAAGCCGCCGGAGAGCCCGACACCAGCUUCACGGAGGAUUACCUCUUUUAUAUAAUAGGAGAUCUUUUCAUUGCUGGCACCGACACCACCACUAAUUCAGUCCUGUGGAUUCUGUUGUACAUGGUCUUAUACCCUAACAUACAAGAACAAGUGCAGAAAGAGAUUGACGCCACAAUAGGCCGACAUCGUUCCCCAUCCAUGACUGAUAAGGGCAGUCUCCCUCUCACUGAAGCCAUGAUCAUGGAGGUCCAGCGGCUCACUGUGGUGGUUCCUCUGGCUAUUCCCCACAUGACCUCCAUGGACACAGAGUUCUGUGGGUAUAAUAUUCCCAAAGGCACAGUGAUUAUACCCAACCUUUGGUCAGUACAUAGAGAUCCAACAGUAUGGGAUGAGCCUGAUCGCUUCAAUCCUGCACGCUUCUUGGAUUCAGAAGGAAAACUGCUGAGGAAAGAGUACUUCAUACCUUUUGGGAUUGGUCGCAGAGUGUGCAUGGGCGAGCAGCUGGCCAAGAUGGAGUUAUUCCUGAUGGUGACCAGUUUACUGCAGACAUUCACAUUUAGUUUACCGGAAGGACUGGCUCCUCCCUCUCUGCAAGGACGCUUCGGCCUGACCCUGGCUCCUUCACCUUUCACUGCGUGUGUUAAUCCACGGAGCUCAAGAUAA